AUGGCGGAGCCGCCGGCGGGUGAGGGAGCGGGUGAGGGAGCGGCGGGACUGCCGCUGCGGGCGCGGCUGAGCUUCGCGGCCGGGCACUUCCUGAACGACCUGUGCGCCUCGCUGUGGUUCACCUACCUGCUGCUCUACCUGCACGCCGUGCUGGGCUACGGCCACCGCCUGGCGGGCGCGCUGCUGCUGGCCGGGCAGGCGGCCGACGGGCUCUGCACGCCGCUCCUGGGCUACGAGGCCGAUCGCUCCGCCGCCUGCGGCCGCUACGGGCGGAGGAAGUCGUGGCACCUCGCUGGCACCACCUGUGUCCUCGUGUCCUUCCCCUUCAUCUUCAACCCCUGCCUGGGUUGCAAGGAGAACACGCCGCAGUGGGCAGCCUUCAUCUACUACCUCCCCUUCAUCAUCAUCUUCCAAUUCGGCUGGGCAGCCACACAGAUCUCCCACCUAUCCCUCAUCCCUGAGCUGGUGACCAGUGACCAUGAGAAGGUGGAGCUCACAGCUUUCAGGUAUGCCUUUACCGUCAUGGCCAAUAUCACUGUGUACGGCCUGGCCUGGCUCCUGCUGAACUUCCAGGUGGACCAGCCUGACCGCACAGAGCAUCUAGGCAUCCAGGAUGUCCCUAUUUUUCGGAACCUGUCCCUCAUUGUGGUGGGGCUGGGGGCCGUGUUCUCCCUCAUCUUCCACCUGGGCACCAAAGAGAAGCCGUACCCGCCGGGCUCGCUGCCCCAGCUUCAGGAGAGCACGCCCCUGCUGCAGAAGGAGCCUACGAACCCCCCGCGCCCGCUCCUGAUCUGGAAGGACUGGCUGCUGGAGCCUGCCUUCUACCAGGUCGCGGUGCUCUACAUGUCCACCCGGCUCAUCAUCAACCUGUCCCAGACCUACAUCGCCAUGUACCUGACUAACUCGCUGCUGCUGCCCAAGAAGUACAUCGCCACCAUCCCCCUGGUGAUGUACAUCAGUGGCUUCCUCUCCUCCUUCCUCAUGAAACCUGUAAAUAAGUGGAUAGGUCGAAACCUGACCUACUUCAUGGGCAUCCUGGUGAUCUUGGCCUUUGCCUCCUGGGUGACCCUGGCCAGGGAGAUGGGAGCAGAGAUCUACGGGGUGGCCGUGCUGCUUGGGGCUGGCUCCGCCACUAUCCUGGUCACCUCCCUCUCCAUGACAGCAGACCUCAUCGGCACCAACACGCACAGCGGCGCGUUCGUCUAUGGCGCCAUGAGCUUCACGGACAAGAUGGCCAACGGCCUGGCUGUGAUGGCGAUCCAGAACCUGCACCCGUGCCCGACCGAGCUCUGCUGCCCUGCCUGCGUCAGCUUCUACCACUGGGUGAUGGUGUUGGUCACCGGAGGCAUUGCCAUCGUCGCCAUUGCCUCUCUGUGCUGCAUCAUGGUCUGGCCCAUCCGUAUCCGCUACCAUGCUGUCUGCCUGCAGGGGCUGAGCGGAGCGGGGACCUCCUACGAUGGCACGGAGAGCGUGGAGGGAAGGAGCCAGAGCAGCACCCUCAACUGAGCAGGACCCGUCUCCUCGGCCACCGUGGUGUCCAUACCGCUGAGCUCUGCCCGGAGGGACCCCCGCCGCAGGGGAUGGCACUGGGACGGGGGUGCUGGGCUUCGGGGGGGUGGCCCCUGCCCUGUCUCCCUGUCACCUUGCACUGGACUCAUGUCCCCCCCACCCCACCCAACCCCUGUGCCCUGCCAGGGGACUCGUGAAGGAUGUCACCCUCUGCUUGCACAAGUGUAACACUAGAAGGCCCUGGGCCGGGCCGCGGGGGUCUGUCCCAGCACGGGGGACGGGCACCCGGCCCUCGGUUUUAACCCGCUUUUGUAAGGUCAGUAUGUACAAACGGCACUUUUUAAAGGAGGAGAAAAAGGAGAGAGGAAAAAAAAAACCAA